GGUCAUGUUAUGGACUUCAGCUGCCUACAAGAAUGUCUUUCAACGAACCCCAACCAAUGCCCGAUGUGCGGUCAAGAAGAUGCAAAUCCUCCGAUUAAACUCUUCUUCGGUCAGAAUUCCGGCGGCCCAUCGUCCCAAACGUCUGCCCUGCAGGGAGAUAGUAACCCUGACCCACAUUUUGUUGAGAACCUGCAACGCGCUGUGGCAGAGUACGUUAAGGUCAUCAGUAAUCUGCAGAACAUCGUCUCGAAGGAACAGAACGCAAAGGCCGAAGUAGAGGCUCUCCUCAAAGGGGCGAAGAAGCGGUUAGAACACCAGAACAGGCUAUUGUGGUCGCUACACCACCGCAGGCUCGCUGAUGCAUCUGUGGCACGAGCGAGACUAGAGGCAGCGCUCAGAGAACAUCGCGAAGUUCGGAAUAAUCUUCAGCAGAGCAUACAAGUCUUGCAUGCACAAAUUUGUCAAUUGAACGAGGCU